AUGGCUUCCUUGUACCAGCGCUUCGGCGGGAAGAUCAACACCUCCCGUUCCUUCCCCGUCACGCCCGAAGCCAGCCAUCUCCUAGGCCCCCAGUGCUCCGAGGAAGACGGGGCCGCCGCCGCCGCUGCUGUUGCUGCCGCCGCCGCCUCGGCCCACGCGGUCGCCGGAGCAGCGAAGGCUUCGCGCCCGUCGCACCUGCACAACCCCAGACCUCGCUUCCAGUACCAGGCGAGGAGGAGCGACGGCGAGGAGGAGGAUGAGCUGGUGGGAAGCAACCCUCCGCAAAGGAACUGGAAAGGAAUUGCAAUUGCUCUACUUGUGAUCCUGGUUAUCUGCUCCUUGAUUGUCACUUCUGUUAUCUUGCUGACACCAGUUGAAGAUAAUAACCAGUCUCAGAAGAAGAAAAUUACAGUGGAAGAUCUAUUCAGCGAAGAUUUCAAAAUUCAUGACCCAGAGGCUAAAUGGAUAAGUGAUACAGAAUUCAUUUAUAGAGACCGGAAUGGCUCAGUGAUAGUGCACAAUGUGGAAACAAACCAUUCAACAGUUUUAAUAGAAAACAAAAUCAUUGUGUCUAUAAAAGCUAUUAAAUAUGAAGUUUCGCCAGAUAGAGAAUAUGGACUCUUUGCCUAUGACAUUGUACCGAUUUACCGGUAUUCAUAUACUGCUUUUUAUGUCCUCAGAAAACUGCCUAAUGGGGAGCCUCAGAAUCUCUACCCUCCCGAGGUUAGCAAUGCAAAACUCCAAUAUGCGGGAUGGGGACCCAAAGGCCAACAGCUGAUAUUUAUAUUUGAAAACAACAUCUACUAUUGUGCCCAUAUGGGGAAACAAGCAAUCCGCGUAGUCUCCACUGGAAAAGAGAAAGUUAUUUUUAACGGACUCAGCGAUUGGCUGUAUGAAGAAGAGAUCCUGAAAAGCCAAAUUGCUCACUGGUGGUCUCCGGAUGGCACAAGAUUAGCCUAUGCGACUAUUAAUGACUCCCGAGUCCCAUUAAUGGAGAUACCCAUGUUCACUGGAAGCCUUUACCCCAAAGCAGAAGCCUAUCAUUACCCAAAGGUCGGGACAGAAAAUCCAAGCAUUUCCUUACAUGCAGUUGUGUUGAAUGGGCCUCCUCACGUCCUAGAGAUGACUCCUCCAGAUGAUCCACGAAUGAGGGAUUAUUAUAUAACCAUGGUGAAGUGGGCAACCAGCACCAAGAUUGCAGUCAACUGGCUAAAUAGAGCACAGAACUUUUCCAUUCUGACUCUCUGUGAUGCAACUACAGGUGUCUGCACAAAGAAACAUGAGGAUGAGAGUACAGCCUGGCUGCAUCGUCAGAAUGAAGAGCCCAUCUUCUCUAAAGAUGGCAAGAAGUUCUUUUUUGUCCGAGCCAUACCUCAAGGGGGACGAGGCGAGUUUUACCAUAUUGCCAUGUCAUCAUCUCAGCCCAAUAGCAGCAAUGAUAAUUUACAGUCUAUUACAUCGGGUGACUGGGAUGUGUCCAAAAUUUUGGGCUAUGAUGAGAAGCAGCAUAAAAUUUAUUUCCUCAGCACAGAAGAGUUGCCAAGGACUCGGCAUUUAUACAGUGCCAGCACCAAGGGGAACUUCAACCGGCAAUGUCUCUCUUGUGAUCUGAUUAACAACUGCACUUACUUCCAUGUAACAUUCAGUCACAACAUGGCGUACUUCUUGUUGACCUGUGAAGGUCCGCGGAUUCCAAUGGUAACUGUCCACAGAACAUCCGAUACUCAAAAACUUUUUGAUCUCGAAGUAAAUGCCAGAGUCCAGAAGACAGUCAUAGCACGACAGAUGCCCAAGCGGGAAUAUCUUGAUAUCAAGAUUCAGGACUACAAAUUGCCACUGCAAAUUUUAAAGCCAGCCGUUUUCAUGGAAAACACGCACUACCCUUUGCUCCUCAUUGUGGAUGGAACCCCAGGCACCCAGAGCGUCACAGAAAAGUUUGAAGUGAACUGGGAAAGUGUUAUGGUCAGCUCCCAUGGUGCCAUCGUGAUGAAAUUUGAUGGGCGUGGAAGUGGAUUUCAAGGGACUAAACUCUUGCAUGACAUUAAAAGAAGAUUGGGCACCGCUCAAGAAAAGGAUCAAACAGACGCUGUUCGGGCAAUGCUGGAAAAGGCAUUUAUUGAUAAGACUCGAGUUGCUGUGUUUGGGAAGGAUUAUGGCGGCUACUUGAGUUCAUACAUCCACUUUUCUGGAGAAGAAAAUAAAGAGCCAACCUUCUCGUGUGGCGCUGCUCUUUCCCCAUUGUCAGACUUCAGAUUGUACGCUUCAGCUUUUUCAGAAAGAUACUUGGGAUUGCAAGGGUUCGACAAUAAUAAGAUAUAUGAGAUUACUAAACUCUCUCACCGAGUAACAUCAGUGAAGGACCAAAAAUUUUUGAUCAUCCAUGCAACAGCUGAUGAGAAAAUUCACUUCCAGCACACUGCGGAGUUCAUUACUCAUCUAAUUAGGACAAAAGCUAAUUACAGUUUGCAGAUCUACCCCGACGAAGGUCACUACUUCAACAGCCCAACCCUGGAGCAGCACUUGUAUAAGUCCAUUGUCAAUUUCUUUGUGGAAUGUUUCAAAGUGCCGGACAAAAUGCCAGUGGUUUCCACGAAAGAAGACGAGGAUGAAGAUUAACUUUCUGGGCUUGUGCUAAGAAGCACAAGGCGGCUUCUCAAAAAAAAAGAUAUGCAACUAAAUCCUCCCGAUUUCCCUCCCCUGAUGAAAGGAGCGUUGUGUGAGCAUGUAUUUAAGAAAAGCAAAAAUGGAUUAACAGUCCUGGUGCUGGUAUCGGAGCUCCUGCCUUUUCCAAACAGAAAAAAUAUUUAAGCAUGAGGAACUCAGCAGAUGCUGCUGUUGAGAACCGAUCCCUAUGAACAAAAUGGCCGCCGUGCCAUUUCUGGUUGAAGAGGCUCGACUGGGAAACCGAACUCUGAAGGCAAAUUCGCCCAGAUGCCCACAAAGCAACCCUUUGCAUUGACCAAAUGCAAGUCCCAGAAAUGAGCAUAAAGCCCACCCUCUGUCUGUGUUAGGGGUCCCUUAUUUAGCAUCUCAUUGUUUCCUAUAAAAUGAACCAUCCACGGAAUAAAGAUUAUAGCACAAUUAUUUUUCGAGGGUACCGAAUUGUGUGUUGUUUACCUGUCGUCUUCUGCAUUUCUAAGAAAUUAGGCGUUGCUGCGGAACUGCUCAGUUAUACAGGCGUUUUCUUUGUAUAAAACACUGCUGUAGCUUGACUAACCUCACACUGUACAGGCAUUUCUCUCUCUAUAGUUUUUUUUAGCUGUCGCUCCCUUUCACUUCAGCCUUGCUCCUACUAAAACUUUGUUGCUGCAGUGUGCUCUGGC